CAGCUCCACACCUGAAGAGGCCGCCCACAACACACGUGGCAUCGCCAUGGAGUUUGCAAACUGGGCCGACUGGGGGAAUGGCGCGAAUGAUGCGAACUGGCCCCAGGCACAAUGGCAGGGUGACUGGAUGCCGCCGAUGAACGGCGGCUGGCAGCAAAUGCCGCCUCAGCAAGUGCCGCCUCAGCACGUGCCGCCGCACAUGGCCCAGCAGUUUGCGGACAGCGCCGGCGAUUGGCAGCCGAGCUUUGGAGUCACUCCGCCGCCACCGGCGCAGCGGAGCGCGCCCUUCGCGGAGAGCGGGAGCGCGCCGCCCGCUACUGCACCGGCCACGCUUCCGGGCGUGGCGCAGAGCGGAGCGCAGGUGCCGCCACAGCGCUUUGUGCCGGGCACACGGAAGCGGAAGCUUUGCGUGCACCAUGCUGCGGGGAACUGUCGCUAUGGUUCCGAUUGCAACUUCGCGCAUGGCAUAGAAGACUUGGCAGAAGAUUGUCAAGAGGCAGUGACUCAGAAGCCACAGACGGAGAGGAUGGACUUCACUCAGCUCGAAGCAGGUCGUUUGACCAAGAACCUCACAGUGCCCCAAGACCAGGUGGAAUCCGUGAUGACACCGGCCACGAGAGCUCUGUUGGUGGAGGUGACGGGAGCUGAGAUCGAGUUGCUGAAGUCCAAGCGUUUGGUGGAGGUCACCGGCACCGCUUCACAAAUCGAGAAGGUCGAGAAGGCGCUUCAACGGGUGGUGGCUCAUUGCAAUUGGGGCGCCAAUGAGAUGAAGAUCAGGAGAAAUGGCUGUGCCCGUGUGGGAUACACAGCGCGCAUUCGCUUGGCCUCGAUGGCUGCCGGCCUGAAGGACUUCAGCCGGACGCUGACGGUGGAGAAGGCCACCUUCUCCAUUGGGACCGACCCGUCCUGCAGCCUGCGGGUCAAGGGUCCGUUGGUCUCGCGCAACCACGCAGUGGUGGAAUUUCAGCCCGAGAAGGGGUCAGUGUAUAUUGUGGACACCUCGACGAAUGGCGCCUUUCUGAAUGGGAAGCGGUUGCCACCCAAAGCCAGCGCGAAAGUCAUGCUGAGCCAUGGGGAUGAACUACUCCUGCAGGACCCCAGUCAAGGUGGCGAGUUCGGGUACAUGGUGAAUGUGGAGCUGAACUGAUCGCAGCCGCGUGGUUUCGACCGCGAAUGCUGCGAACAAAA